GCGGUGGCGUCGGCGGUUAAUAUGAAGUGGUUUCUGGUCAGCGUGUCGCUUCUCCUAGCGUUGGCGGAGAGCUCAAGCGGAGAUGCGGGUGUGCGGCCCGAGGCGCGCACGCCGCUGGGCGCGCUAAGGGGCUUCUAUAUGCGCUCGCGCCGCGGCCGCCGCAUCGCCGCCUUCACCGCCGUGCCCUACGCCCAGCCUCCCGUGGGAGAGUUGCGCUUCAAGGUGUGUGCCACGCCGACGACUUGAUGCACCUGUUCCCGAUGCACUUCCUGACGAAGCCGGCGACCGCGCAGGACGAAGCGAUUUCCGAACUCAUGCUCACUCUCUGGACUAACUUUGCGACUUCCGGAGAUCCGAACGGGCCGGCGCCGCUGCCGUUCGUGUGGGCGGCGCGGCGGCGGGCCGCGAGCUGCGGUACCUGCGCAUCGCCGCGUGGCCCGCCGUGCACGACGGGCUGGCGGAGCGCGCGCGCCUUUGGGGCAGCUUGCCGCUGUGGCACACCUUCCAGCGCCUUUUAUUUGUAUAUUUGGUAAUAUUAUGAUGCUUUAUAUUAUGUUAGGUACUUUCCGCCUGCAGCUUCAUCCACGUAGUCAAAGAAAACCCUGCAUAGUUCCCGUUCCCGUGAGGUUUAUUGGAUAAAACUCUAAUAAAAAUAUGAAGUAAAUCCAUGCAGUACUUUUUGAGCUUAGCCCGAAUAUACAGGCAAACAGGCGAAAAUUCUAAAUAAUAUAUUGUUCGCUUCAUACGAUUUUAUUAUAUUAAUGUAGUUAUAGAUGAGUUGAUACUUUUGAUAUAAGUUUAAGUGUGGUUUAAGUAAAUAAAUCGUGGAGUAAGA